ACAUUCAUUCAUCCAUUCCAAUUAUUCUUUCAUAUUUCAAAUAUAGUCAUACUGAUAGUUGUGGUGUCCGCUUCCCCUUUUUUCUCGCUAUCCUAUCAUUUCGCGUUAUGCACAACAUGUUAGCGAAGCUCAAGGAGACGUACGCUUGUGUCCCUUCAACGGAGCGGGGUCGGGGCAUCCUCAUAUCGGGCGACCCGAAAUCAAACUCCAUUCUCUAUUGCAAUGGCCGAUCCGUCAUCAUCCGCUACCUUGAUCGCCCCCUCGAGGUCGCCGUCUACGCCGAGCAUGCUUACCAGACCACCGUCGCCAGGUUCUCCCCCAACGGCGAGUGGAUCGCCUCCGCCGACGUCUCCGGCGCCGUCCGGAUCUGGGGCACCCGCAACGAUUUUGUACUCAAGAAGGAGUUCCGGGUGCUCUCCGGUCGGAUCGACGAUCUCCAGUGGUCCGCCGAUGGGAUGCGCAUUGUCGCUUCCGGUGAUGGCAAGGGCAAGUCCUUAGUUCGCGCCUUCAUGUGGGAUUCAGGUUCAAACGUGGGAGAAUUUGAUGGCCACUCAAAGAGAGUUUUGAGUUGUACAUUUAAGCCGACAAGGCCUUUCCGGAUUGCAACAUGCGGAGAAGACUUUUUGGUGAACUUUUAUGAAGGACCCCCUUUUAAGUUCAAGCUAUCUCACAGGCAUCAUUCUAAUUUUGUAAACUGCUUGCGGUUCUCUCCAGACGGUAGUAAAUUAAUUAGUGUCAGCUCUGACAAGAAGGGUGUACUCUAUGAUGCCAAAACAGGGGAUAAAAUUGGAGAGCUGUCUUCCGAGAAUGGCCAUCAGGGCAGUAUAUAUGCUGUGAGCUGGAGUCCUGAUAGUAAACAGGUGCUAACUGUGUCAGCUGACAAGUCUGCCAAAAUAUGGGAUAUAUCUGAUGAUGGAAAUGGAAAAGUGAAGGAAACAUUAACUUGUUCUGGUUCAGGCGGAGUUGAAGAUAUGCUAGUUGGGUGUCUAUGGCAGAACGAUCAUCUUGUAACUGUUUCUCUUGGUGGCACUAUUUCCAUAUUCUCUGCAAGCAAUUUAGACAAAGAUCCUGUUUCUUUCUCUGGACACAUGAAGAAUGUUAAUUCAUUAUCAGUACUGAAUAGUGAGCCAAGAGUUAUAUUAUCUAGCAGCUAUGAUGGUUUAAUUGUUAAAUGGCUUCAAGGCAUUGGUUAUUGUGGAAAAUUAGAGAGGAAGGCAAAUUCACAAAUCAAAUAUUUUGCUGCUGUUGGAGGAGAAAUUGUUUCAUUUGCAUUUGACAAUAAGAUUUGGAGAGCAUCUCUAAGCGGAGAUCAAUGUACGGGUGAAUAUAAUGUUGACAUUGGCAAUCAACCAAAAGACUUGAGCCUUGCUCUUCAUUCACCUGAACUGGCUUUAGUUGCAAUUGAGACAGGAGUUGUCCUCCUUCGAGGGACACAUGUGGUUUCAACCAUCAACCUUGGAUUUCCUGUGACAGCAUGUGUAAUUUCACCAGAUGGAACUGAAGUUAUUGUUGGUGCUCAAAAUGGUAAACUAUAUAUAUAUUCUGUUACAGGAGAUUCUCUCAAUGAAGAGGCUGUCAUUGAAAAACAUAGGGGAGCUAUCACUGUCAUUCGUUACUCUCCAGAUUUGUCCAUGUUUGCCUCAGGCGAUGCGAACAGAGAGGCUGUUGUCUGGGAUCGUGCUUCUCGUGAGGUUAAGGUUAAGAAUAUGUUAUACCAUACUGCCCGAAUAAAUUGCUUAGCAUGGUCCCCUGACAAUAGCAAGGUAGCAACUGGAUCUCUAGAUACCUGUGUCAUUGUAUAUGAAGUGAGCAAGCCAGCCUCUGAUAGAACUACGAUCAAGGGAGCUCAUUUGGGUGGGGUAUAUGGACUAUCUUUCUUGGAUGACUACAAUAUUGUAAGUUCGGGGGAGGAUGCUUGUGUCCGCAUAUGGACUCUAACCCCACAGUGAUUGUGAUUAUGGUUCAAAGUGUUGAAGAAUUGUUUGCAAGGUGUUAUCGGUUAGGUUGUUGUAUGUUUCUUGCAAUCAAGUCAGAGCCUGAAGUCUGAAUGGUUUCAAGAAUUAAGAUUAUAUACACAUACCACCUGAGGUGUUAUCUGUUUUGAGAUGUUGGUGAUAGUUUGAAGUUUAUGAAAAUGGGAUUCUCACACUUUUUCCUUGAUGCAUCCCAACAGGUGGUCUUGCCAUCUAUGUAUCCAUGUUCUCAUCAUGGCUUGAAAAUUUACUGCAUAUUUCCAGCCUUAACUCUCUUCUUAGGAUCGAAAUUUUCUCCUUUCGAUCCCGUGAAGUAUAAGGGUUUAUGUUUUGAUCUUUGAUUGUAUUUAAAAUCACUUUUAACUUAAAUCUGGUGUGAUCAAAUGCAUCUCUUGUUCUGUAUGUUUACUCUGCAUUCUCACUUGUAGCUGUGGCUUCAAG